AUGUUUUCUCCAUUUCCUCAGCUCGUUCGAAGUUCGAGAUGGGAUAAUAUACAAAAGAUAGUGCCAGCAUUGCAUGGGAAAGGAAAGGAUAAGUUCAAGUGGAUGGAGACAUUCAAUCAAAACACGUCAUCGCGGCUCUAUUUGAAGGCGGUUAUCAACUCAUGUGGAAAUGUGAAACAGCUUCAAAAGGAACUAUUGAGUUUUCAAGAUGACGGUCCCUCGGAAUCGCUUCCCUACACUCUCCAUGGCUAUAAAUACUACAACCGAAAGACGCGCUCUGAUUUCCUUCCUCUGUUCUGCCGAAAGAAAGUGGGUUCAGACGUCGAAGAAGUGAUUCUAAACCUGGACAAAGAGUUUCCGGAAGGCGAAGACAGCCGCUAUCUAGCCUACACAAUCGACACGACAGGCGAAGAGCUGUACAAUCUGUACAUCAAAGAUCUCUCCACUGGGCAAGUGGAAAUGAUCCAACGCAACGUCUAUUCCUUCUCCUUUGGCCUCUCCCAAGGCGCCUCGCGCGAUAUCUACUACACAGUCGCCAACAACCUAAUGCGCACGAACCGCGUGUACCGUCACGUGCUGGGCAGUUCUGCGACGCACGACGUCCCCGUCUUCGAAGAGCCCUCCGCCGUCUACUACUGCGACGUCAAGCGCACCAACGACUGCAAGUUCAUGCUCUUUUUCUCGGCCUCCAAGUCCGACUCGGAGAUUUUUCUGCAGCGACCCGGACGGGAUUCGCCGGUUCGGCUCGUCCAGCGACGCGCGCAGGAGGAGUGCUACGUCGAACACAUCCAGAAGUUCUUUAUCGUGGUUCGCAGCUCCGCGCUGAAGGCGUUUCAGGUGUUUUUGGUCCACGAGGACGACGUUUUCGCGGGGGAGAGCGAUGUUUUCGCGGGGAAAAGCGCGCAGGCCGCAGACGCCAAGGGACUCAUCGAUCGCUGCUUCGAGCAGGGAAAAGUCGUGCAGUUGACACCGUCUGCGCCAUCUGCAUCGUCUGCGUCGUCUGCGUCAAUUGCGUCGUCACAUUCUGCAUUGAUCCCCGAUGCUUAUCGGAUUUUCGAUAUGGAUAUUCUGAAAAGCUGUCAUGGAUUUCGCAUCCGAUCGCUUCAACUCGACCUCUAUGAUAACAAUUUGAGCAUUUCCGAGCAAUUAUUUCCUAUUAACCACAUCGGAGAAAUCACCAUCGAAGCCAAUCCAGAUAUCGACAGCAAAACCAUUCUAUAUACACUUUCAAAUCCACUCAUCCGAGGAAACACGUACGAAUAUGACAUCACCAGAAAUACCUCCAAACUCGUCAGACAGAUCGAUCUCCCUUCCGAUUUUGGAUUACAUCUGGAUUCGUUCGACAUUUCUUCCCAGAUCGUUCCCUCCUUUGAUGGUCAGGAAAUCCCCACGAUUUUUGUCAUUCCAAAAAAAGCGGCGAAAAACGCCCCUGUUUUGUUAAGCAGUUAUGGAUGUUACGGUGUGGACAAUCCCAUCCAUUACGCCUAUCAGAAUUUGUCGCUGCUAAAGCGAGGAUGGAUUUUAGGAGGAGGCGGUGAUAAAGGGCCUCAAUGGUAUCAGCAAGGCUGCAGGACGAAUCGGAGGAACGGAAUUCGCGAUUUGGACAGCGUGGUGGGGGCAUGGUGCGAAGACCACCCUGUGUGCCUCACGAGCAACAGCGCUGGAGGCAUCCUCACCGGAGCGUUGCUAAACGAAACAAACCAUCGCGUGAGCAGCGUGAUUUUGCAUGUUCCGUUUUUGUUGCUGGAGGAGACGCUGACGAAUCGGGGAUUGCCGCUAACCGUCACCGAAUUCGACGAAUGGGGCGAUCCGAGCGUGCCCGAGGAGGCAUUGGCGAUCUCGCAGAUUUGUCCUUACAAAAACAUCCGAAAGCGCGACUACCCCAAUAUUUACUGUAUUUGCGGUUUAAAUGAUAAGCGAGCUCCGUAUUAUCACUCUCUGAAAUAUAUAAAUAAAAUCCGUGAGUUUAAUUCGAAUCCUGAUUCGGUGCAGGUCCUGGAGGAAGAGAUGAAGCGUAGGUACGGAGGGCAUUUUUGUGAGAAUGAUCCGAACUACAGUCUAACGUGUUCGACGCAACAAUUGGCUUUUUUGAUUCAUUCAGUGGGAGGUGUUAUAUGA